GAUCAAUGAGAACGAAGCUAGAAUUUGUGAGGCAUAAAGUAGUUAGUGGAAGUUCAAGUAGUAAAUCAGAGUUGGGUAGAUAUCUUGCUGAAGAUGUUGAGCCAGAGACUGAUCAUUUUGAUAUAUUAAAGUGGUGGAAAUUUAAUGAGCCAAGAUUUCCUAUUCUUUCUGAGAUGGCUCGUGAUGUAUUAGCCAUUCCUAUUUCAAGUGUCGCAUCUGAAUGCGCAUUUAGCACAGGAGGUCGCAUUCUUGAUCCUUUUAGGAGUUCAUUGACUCCUAAACUAGUGCAAGCUCUUAUUUCUCUUCAAGAUUGGUAUAGAAGUGAACCAAUUCCAAUUAAUGUUGAGGAAGAUCUAGAAUAUCUUGAGCUACUUGAACUUGAUAUGGCUCAUAGUGGAAAUGAAUCUAGUAUUGUGGAUGUGUAGUUAUAACUAUCAAGCAGUAAGUAAAAUUUAAUUUAAAAUCUUUUUCUAUUAGCAUUCAACACUUGUUUUUCUCUUUUUUUCGUUGAGUUGAGUUUACUUUCUAUCAUAUAUCUAAAGAGUUCCAUUUUCUCUCAGGCAUAUUUAUAGUUUGUAUGUUAUUAUGGUGAACUGAUCGAGUUGGACUGCAGUGUUGUUGUUGGACUGCAAUGAAAUGCACACAAGGAAUGCCAACUUUCUUCUGAUAGAGUUGGACUGCAGUGUUGUUACUGAUUCUUAUUUUGUCUUGUUGGUUCUUGUUUUGACUACUAAUUAUUAUUUUGUAUUGCUGGACUGCUGGUUCUUGUUUUGUACUGUUAUUGAUGUCUAAUACUCUUGGUUUCUUAGCUUUUUGUUGCAAUCUUGAACUUGAAGUGCCACUUUGUAA